AUGGACUUCUCGCUCACCCCCGAACAACAGGCCAUUAGCGACAAUGUAAAGCGUAUCGUUGCUGACUUCGCUGACAAUUACUGGCUCAGCCGUGAUCUCGAUGGUACUUUCCCUGAUGCUUUUCAUCGUGCCAUAGCCGCUGGUGGUUGGCUGGGUAUCGCUAUGCCAGAAACCUACGGUGGUGCCGGUUUAGGCGUAUUGGAAGCGGCCUUGAUGAUGCACGCGAUUGCCGAUUCUCCUGGCGGCAUGAGCGCCGCUUCCGCUGUCCAUAUCAACAUCUUCGGGCCGCAUCCUAUCGUUGUGUUUGGUUCUGAUGAACAGAAACAACGUUGGUUGCCUGAUAUGAUUCAGGGUCGUGUGCAAGCCUGUUUCGGUGUGACGGAGCCGGAUGCAGGAUUGGAUACCACUAAUAUUACGACUCGCGCUGAGCGUAAUGGUGCAAAUAAUGGCUACAUCAUUCAGGGUCGUAAGCUAUGGACAUCGACCGCCCAGCGGGCCGAUAAGAUCAUGCUCUUGGCUCGUACCACACCCCGCGAGCAAUGCGCUAAACCCAGUCAAGGCAUGACACUGUUUUAUACCGAUCUGGAUCGCACUUAUAUCGAAGUGCGUGAGAUCGAAAAAAUGGGUCGCAAAGCGGUAGACUCGAAUGUGUUGUUUAUUGAUGGUCUGCCGGUACCAGAGCAAGAUCGUAUUGGUGCCGAAGGCGAGGGCUUCAAGUAUCUAUUACACAGCUUGAAUCCAGAACGGAUUUUGAUUGCGGCUGAAGCUAUUGGCAUCGGUCGUCAAGCCUUAACACGGGCAGCGAACUAUGCCCGUGAGCGUACUGUAUUCAAUCGCCCCAUCGGUCAGAAUCAGGCAAUUCAACAUCCGUUGGCCGAGACUUGGAUGGAAUUGGAAGCGGCGUGGUUGGCAACUCUUCGCGCUGCAUGGCUUUACGAUCAGGGUCAAGCCUGUGGGGCCGAGGCCAAUAUGGCUAAAUAUCUAGGUGCGGAGGCUGGAUUUCGCGCCUGCGAACGGGCCGUGAUGACCUUGGGAGGGAUGGGCUAUGCUAAGGAGUAUCACGUUGAGCGUUUAUUGCGCGAAGUGCUGAUUACCCGCAUCGCGCCGGUUAGUCCGCAGUUGAUUCUGUGCUACAUCGCUGAGAACGUGCUGGAUUUGCCAAAGUCGUAUUAG